CUUGAGGACGGAUUGGACAAAAGCUACAAGCCUACAAGUAAAUAGAGGUAUUUGGGAGCGACGGUAGACGGUAGUGGUAGAUAGAGAAGGCAUCGGAGAAUGGCAGGGAUUGUAAACCUAAGCCCGCCAACUCCAAUCCUAACUUUCCGCAACUCCUCCCGCCACCGCAACCACUUGUUAACACAAACAAAGCCUGACUCCAUCUUCGACCACCCGGCCCUCCGAUAUAAUGGCAGAUUCUUCUGCCUUUUCUCCGACAAUCGAAGACAGGAGCAAGCUAGAAAAGCAUUAGAAGGUGCUCUGAGUGGGAAGAAGAAUGAACUUGAGAAGUGGGACAAAGAAAUCAAGAGAAGAGAGGAGCUGGGGGGCGGAGGUGAUGCUGGUGGAGGAGGUUGGUUUGGCUGGGGUAGAUAUUUCGGCUGGUCUAAUGAUGAUAAUUUUUGGCAAGAAGCAAAAUAUGCUUCUCUCACGAUCCUUGGUAUCACUCUCAUGUAUCUCCUAAUUGCUAAAGGUGAUUUGCUUGUUGCUGUCAUUUUGAAUCCCUUGCUGUAUGCACUGCGGGGAGUGAGAAAUGGGCUUGGUUUUGUAACAUCGAAAGUCUUGAAAAAUAGUUCUCCCAGUAGGCAGCAUGAUUUUGGUGGAUUUUUCAAGAAGGAACAGUAUCAGCAGGCUUCUGCUAAAGAGAAUGUUGUUAGAAAAUGGGCUAGUGACUAGUGAGUAACAAGUUUGUUACGGGUUUGGCAUCACCUCCUUGAUGCAGAAUGCUAUGUUAUUCUUGUAACUUUGUUUUUCCUUUGGCUUCUGAGGUUUUUAUUACCCUUUUUGUUAUCCUGGUAAUUCAGUUAGGGUUCUAAAUUAUGCUCAUGUUGACCUAUGAUCUUGUAAAAGCUUGCAAGUUGCAAUCAAGAAAUUUUGUCUCUGAAAUGA